AUGAACCAGCAACUUCUUGGCCAGACACUUAACGGUGCCCGUGGCAUUCCACUCCAACAGCAGCAAGCUGUUCAGGCGCAAGCACAGGCACAGGCACAGGCUCAAGCACAAGCACAAGCUCAAGCACAAGCUCAAGCACAAGCACAAGCACAAGCUCAAGCACAAGCUCAAGCUCAAGCUCAAGCUCAGGCUCAGGCUCAGGCUCAAGCACAAGCUCAGGCUCAAGCACAAGCUCAGGCUCAAGCACAAGCUCAAGUACAAGCACAGGCACAAGUCCAAGCACAAGCACAAGCUCAGGCACAAGCUCAGGCACAAGCUCAGGCCCAAGCUCAGGCUCAAGCUCAGGCACAAGCUCAGGCCCAAGCUCAGGCUCAGGCUCAGAAUCAAUCUCAGAAUAUCGACCCAAAUUCAUUGGAUGGUCGAUUUGCUCAUGAAAACGCGGAGACAUGGAUCGCUAUUGGAUCAUGUGCUGAUACCAUUGGCAGUGUUGAAAAAGCCGUGGAAGCAUUUUCAACAGCUUUGAGGUACACUCCAAACAAUCCCAAAGCACUGACAAAACUUGCCAACGUAUAUCGUACACGUGAUGCCUUUGCAGAAGCAGCUGAUCUAUACAGACGUGCCCUAUCUCUUGAUCAAAACAACGGCGAGACAUGGGGAUUAUUAGGCCAUUGCUAUCUCAUGUUGGACGAUUUACAAAGUGCAUAUACUGCUUAUCAGCAGGCACUUUUGAACCUUCAAAACUUGAACGCCUUUGUUCGUGUUUUGGAGAUGGACCCUAACUUCGAAAAGGCCAACGAGAUCUACUUUAGGUUGGGAAUCAUCUACAAGCUUCAGGGAAAACUACAGAAGGCUCUUGAAUGCUUUAAUUAUAUUCUCACAAUGCCCCCUGCUCCCUUGUCACAGUCUGACGUCUGGUUUCAAAUUGGCUCAGUAUUGGAGCAAAACAGGGAUUACACUGGUGCCAAGGAGGCAUACGAACGGGUCUUACAGACCAAUCCUAACCAUGCCAAAGUCCUCCAACAAUUGGGAUGCCUUUAUUCACAACAGGAAGCUCCCUUCCAUGACUCAGAUAUUGCCCUUCAUCUUCUACGUCAAUCUUUGGAAUUGAAUCAGGCUGAUGCCCAUUCUUGGUACUACUUGGGUCGUGUCUACAUGUCAAAACAAGAUUAUCCAAAUGCUUAUGAGGCUUUCCAACAUGCCGUUAACAUUGAUUCAAGAAACCCAACGUUCUGGUGCUCCAUCGGUGUUCUCUACUACAAAAUAUCUCAGUACAAGGACGCCCUUGAUGCAUAUACCAGGGCAAUCAGACUCAACCCAUACCUGUCAGAGGUUUGGUAUGAUUUGGGAACGUUGUAUGAAACUUGUAACAACCAGAUUGGUGACGCUCUCGAUGCUUACCAUCGUGCUGCUUCUUUGGAUCCAAACAAUCCCCAUAUUCAGGAGAGAUUGAUCCAACUUACCAAAUACCAGAAGGAAGGAGGAGUUCUUCCACCACCACCACCACCACCACAGGCCGCUCAACAACCAAUGCCUCAACCAGAAACAAACACUGCUGCCGCCAUUGGUGGCCCAGGCGUGGUACCACCACAGCUGCGUCAACCACCUCCACCAGGCCCUACGGGAUCUUCUUCAACUGGACCGCCACUUCAGUUCCCAGGCGCUCAGCAGUUGCCGCAGACUGCAGGCUCUCGAGUUCCAUUGCCUCCACCUCAGCAGCCUCAACAGCAGCAGCAGCAACAACAACAGCAAUUACAAUCAGUUGCCCCACUGAGACCUGUCUCAGGUAGUGCGCAGGCACAUCUCCCACCUGUUCAGCAGCCUGAAAAUGGCAAUACUGACAGUAGUGCCAACGAACAAGUUUCACUUCCACCUAUCUCGACAAACUCUCCAAGUCCGACACCGGCGGCCAGAGCAGCUACUCCUACGGGAAUUGUAGCUCAUGAAAACCAUAAGAGACCAGGUGAGAGUGAAGACAAUGAUUAUAAGAGACAGAAGGUCGAAGUAGAGGAAAACAGUUCAGAGCCUGAACCUGCGGCCGAGAAGCCGAAGGAUAAGACAGAUAAAAAGGUUGAUAGUCCAAACGACGGUCUUUCAGAGAAACCAGUCGAAAAGCUUGCAGAAGAAGCAUCGGAGCAGUCUGUCGAGAAGCCUGUAGAGCCGGAAGCCAGUGAAAGCGAAACUUCUGAAACGGGUGCAAAAAAGGAUGUGACAUCCAUUGCUGAUGCGGCACCUUCAAUAUCUCCGACUGAGGCAACUGAUGGCGAUAAGGAAUCCUCAAGUAAAGAGACAAAACCAAGCAUUGAAUUAAAACCGUUGGAUAAGGAGGAAGUGGCGGAAAUAAAGACUGAAAAAGAGGAAGAGGAAGAAAAGAAUAAAGAGAAGGAGAAAUCAAUAAGUAAUGGCUCCAACUCGAGUACUAGCUCUUCGAAUUCGGCCGAGAAAGAUGAAGCUGCGACAGAAGCUCCAGUCAGAAAGAUUGAAGAAGAUGAAGAUUAUGAUGAUUGA